CGAACGCAGGGGCUGGGGUCUGGGAACGCGAGCGGCCGCUACGGUAGGAGCGGGGUGUGCUGAGUCCCGUGGCCACCCCCGGCCUCAGCCAUGAGGAGGGACGAGCGAGACGCCAAAGCCAUGCGGUCCCUGCAGCAGCCAGAUGGGGCCGGCUCGCCCCCCGAGAGUCUGAGGAACGGCUACGUGAAGAGUUGCGUGAGCCCCUUGCGGCAGGACCCUCCGCGCGGCUUCUUCUUCCACCUCUGCCGCUUCUGCAACGUGGAGCUGCGGCCGCCGCCGGCCUCCCCCCAGCAGCCGCGGCGCGGCUCCCCCUUCUGCCGGGCGCGCCUCUCGCUGGGCGCCCUGGCUGCCUUUGUCCUCGCCCUGCUGCUGGGCGCGGAACCCGAGAGCUGGGCUGCCGGGGCCGCCUGGCUGCGGACGCUGCUGAGCGUGUGUUCGCACAGCCUCAGUCCCCUCUUUAGCAUCGCCUGUGCCUUCUUCUUCCUCACCUGCUUCCUCACCCGGACCAAGCGGGGACCCGGCCCGGGCCGGAGCGGCGGCUCCUGGUGGCUGCUGGCGCUGCCCGCCUGCUGUUACCUGGGGGACUUCUUGGUGUGGCAGUGGUGGUCCUGGCCUUGGGGGGAUGGCGACGCAGGGUCCCUGGCCACGCACACGCCCCCGGAGGCGGCGGCCGGCAGGUUGCUGCUGGUGCUGAGCUGCGUGGGGCUGCUGCUGACGCUCGCGCACCCUCUGCGGCUCCGGCACUGCCUCCUGGUGCUGCUCCUGGCCAGCUUCGUCUGGUGGGUCUCCUUCACCAGCCUCGGGUCGCUGCCCUCCGCCCUCAGGCCGCUGCUCUCCGGCCUGGUGGGGGGCGCUGGCUGCCUGCUGGCCCUGGCGUUGGAUCACUUCUUUCAAAUCAGGGAAGCGCCUCUUCAUCCUCGGCUGUCCAGUGCCGCCGAAGAAAAAGUGCCUGUGAUCCGACCCCGGAGGAGGUCCAGCUGCGUGUCGCUAGGAGAAACUGCAGCCAGUUACUACGGCAGUUGCAAAAUAUUCAGGAGACCUUCGUUGCCUUGUAUUUCGAGAGAGCAGAUGAUUCUUUGGGAUUGGGACUUAAAGCAAUGGUAUAAGCCUCAUUAUCAAAAUUCUGGAGGCGGAAAUGGAGUUGAUCUUUCAGUGCUAAAUGAGGCUCGCAAUAUGGUUUCAGAUCUUCUGAUUGAUCCAAGCCUUCCACCACAAGUCAUUUCCUCUCUACGGAGUAUCAGUAGCUUAAUGGGUGCUUUCUCAGGUUCCUGUAGGCCAAAGAUUAAUCCUCUCACACCAUUUCCUGGAUUUUACCCCUGCUCUGAAAUAGAGGACCCAGCUGAGAAAGGGGAUAGAAAACUUAACAAGGGACUAAAUAGGAAUAGUUCCCCAACUCCACAGCUGAGGAGGAGCUCAGGAACUUCAGGAUUGCUACCUGUUGAACAGUCUUCAAGGUGGGAGCGUAAUAAUGGCAAAAGGCCUCACCAAGAAUUUGGCAUUUCAAGUCAAGGAUGCUAUCUAAAUGGGCCUUUUAAUUCAAAUCUACUGACUAUCCCGAAGCAAAGGUCAUCUUCUGUAUCACUCACUCACCAUGUAGGUCUGAGAAGAGCUGGUAUUUUGUCCAGUCUGAGUCCUGUGAAUUCUCCCAACCAUGGACCAGUGGCUGCUGGCUCUCUAACUAAUCGAUCACCCAUAGAAUUUCCUGAUACUGCUGAUUUUCUUAAUAAGCCAAGCAUUAUUUUACAGAGAUCUCUGGGCAAUGCACCUAAUACACCAGAUUUUUAUCAGCAUCUUAGAAAUUCUGAUAGCAAUCUGUGUAACAACUGUGGACAUCAAAUACUGAAAUAUGUUUCAACAUCUGAAUCAGACAGUACAGAUUGCUGCAGUGGAAAAUCAGGUGAAGAAGAAAACAUUUUCUCAAAAGAAUCAUUCAAACUUAUGGAAACUCAACAAGAAGAGGAAACAGAGAAGAAAGACAGCAGAAAAUUAUUUCAGGAAGGUGAUAAUUGGCUAACAGAAGAGGCACAGAAUGAACAGCAAACAAAUAUUGAACAGGAAGUAUCACUGGACCUGAUUUUAGUAGAAGAGUAUGACUCAUUAAUAGAGAAGAUGAGCAACUGGAAUUUUCCAAUUUUUGAACUUGUAGAAAAGAUGGGAGAGAAAUCAGGAAGGAUUCUCAGUCAGGUUAUGUAUACCUUAUUUCAAGACACUGGUUUAUUGGAAAUAUUUAAAAUUCCCACUCAACAAUUUAUGAACUAUUUUCGUGCAUUAGAAAAUGGCUAUCGAGACAUUCCUUAUCACAAUCGUAUACAUGCCACAGAUGUCCUACAUGCAGUUUGGUAUCUGACAACACGGCCAGUUCCUGGCUUACAGCAGAUCCACAAUGGUUGUGGAACAGGAAAUGAAACAGAUUCUGAUAGUAGAAUUAACCGUGGGCGAAUUGCUUAUAUUUCUUCGAAGAGCUGCUCUAUUCCAGAUGAGAGUUAUGGCUGCCUGUCUUCAAACAUCCCUGCAUUAGAAUUGAUGGCUCUAUACGUGGCAGCUGCCAUGCAUGAUUAUGACCACCCAGGGAGGACAAAUGCAUUUUUAGUGGCUACAAAUGCCCCUCAGGCAGUUUUAUACAAUGACAGAUCUGUUCUGGAAAAUCAUCAUGCUGCGUCAGCUUGGAAUCUGUAUCUUUCUCGCCCAGAAUACAACUUCCUUCUUCAUCUUGAUCAUGUGGAAUUCAAGCGCUUUCGUUUUUUAGUCAUCGAAGCAAUCCUUGCCACAGAUCUUAAAAAGCAUUUUGAUUUUCUUGCAGAAUUCAAUGCCAAGGCAAAUGAUGUAAAUAGUAAUGGCAUAGAAUGGAGUAAUGAAAAUGAUCGCCUCUUGGUAUGCCAGGUGUGCAUCAAACUGGCAGAUAUAAAUGGCCCAGCAAAAGUUCGAGACUUGCAUUUGAAAUGGACAGAAGGCAUUGUCAAUGAAUUUUAUGAGCAGGGAGAUGAAGAAGCAAAUCUUGGUCUGCCCAUCAGUCCAUUCAUGGAUCGUUCUUCUCCUCAACUAGCAAAACUCCAAGAAUCUUUUAUCACCCACAUAGUGGGUCCCCUGUGUAACUCCUAUGAUGCUGCUGGUUUGCUACCAGGUCAGUGGAUAGAAGCAGAAGAGGAUAAUGAUACUGAAAGUGGUGAUGAUGAAGAUGGUGAAGAAUUAGAUACAGAUGAUGAAGAAAUGGAAAACAAUCUAAAUCCAAAACCACCAAGAAGGAAAAGCAGACGGCAAAUAUUUUGUCAGCUAAUGCACCACCUCACUGAAAACCAUAAGAUAUGGAAGGAAAUCAUAGAGGAAGAAGAAAAAUGUAAAGCUGAUGGGAAUAAACUGCAGGUGGAGAACUCCUCCUUACCUCAAGCAGAUGAGAUUCAGGUCAUUGAAGAAGCAGAUGAAGAGGAAGAGCGACAGUUUGAGUAAAAGAAAGUCAUAUUGAAGAAGCCCAGAGGGCUGUGCCCAGGGGCAGAAAUCAUUGCCUAGUGUCCACCGGCUGACUCUCAACUGACCAUUCCCACAUGGACAAGCCUUAAUACUGUGAGAGGAUCCUUGCUCUGCUGGCAGUUUUCCACUCUGUGCACUUUCACAGGAACUAGAAAACUAUUCUUAAACCAAGAAUACCAUCCGUGUUGACCCAUAUUGCAGAGCCCUUACUUAAAUCCUUCACUAUUGUAUGAAUACUUUGUCAUAAUGCUGCUUUGCUGGGUAGUGAGCUCUUAUUUUUCAUUGGGGGUCAGCUAUAACUAAAAACUCAAGUGACUUAUUUCAGUUACCAAAGUGGCCAGAACUUUCGCUUUUAUGAAAAUAGAUUCAUAUUGUAUUUCCCAA